AUCAGAACGCAUCAUGGCGGACAGCUGUUGUCCUGGAAAGGCCACGGCCGUUCCAGCUGUGCCCACCACCUCCAUAUGCUCAAAUGGUGGCAGCUUCCAAAAUGGCAUCUGUUUGCCUAGUUCCUCCCAGAGGAGAACAUGGCAACUGGCCACAUACCAAGAAACCUGUCAGCCAUCCUGCAGUACCCCAAGUAGCUGUGAACCUGCUUCUUGCCAACCUACCUGCCUUCCAGCAGCUUAUUGUGUGGGUUUUGUUUGCCAACCCAUUUGCUGCUGUAAAUCUGACACUGGUCAGUCUCCUUGUCUGGUUAGUUCAUGCCAGCCCUCCUGCUCGGAAUCUACCGGUUAUCAGGCAAAUUGCUGUGAAGCCAGACUCAGCCAACAAAGCUCCUGCCAGGAACCUGUCUUCAUGUCUGGAUCAUACCAGGCAGCUCGUCACCAGUCAGUCUGCUGUGACACUACCUCCUGCCAGCCAUCCUGCUCUGAGGCCAGUCCGUGCCAGCCAACUUGCUGCCGACCAGGCACAUGUCAGCCCCCCAGUGGUGAAGAUCAGGCCUGCAAAUUGACUUAUUACCACCCCAUCUGCUACAUUUUCAAGACUCACCAGUCACGCCCCUGCAUGCCUGUUUCCUGCCAACCACCGACACGUGCAUUCAGUUCUUGUGAUGCUAUGUGCUGGGGGUCCCCUUGCCCGCCACUUCAUUGCCAACUGGCUUCUUCCAAAUUCUUCAUCUGCCACCCAGUGGCUACCUGCCAGCCCCCUUGUUCUGUAAAGAACCCUUGCAAACUAACUUCCUGUGGCCCCAUGUUUUCUGGUCAGCCAGCCUGUAGUGGAACCUCUUCCUGCAACCAAAGUGACUGCAAAUCCCCUUCCUGCCAACCAGCUUGCUAUGUGACAGGUUAAGGCAGACUGUCUGGUAGUGGCUCCAACUGCUUGCACCCAAGUCUCUGCAAAGCCAGCACCUGCUUGCCAACUUCCUGCCAACCCGGCCCCGAGUCCAACUUCUGCAAAGCUGUGCUUCAUUGAUGGAGCACUCUUCAGGUCUCCUCUGAGGUCUGCCACUGUCUACAGGUGCAUGGCCACCGAGGGUGCCCGACUCUGGCCCACAUAGAUGCUGCCUGAUCACCACCUUUACUCUGAGGCCAGACCCACAUUCUCUCCAGGUCCUGAUGAGGGACUACGAGAUCCUGCCGAACUGUGGAGAGUCAUUCAGCAAACGUGGUCCACACCCUCUCCUGCCUUUUCUUGUGUCAUCAAUUCAUUUCAUUUCAACAAAGCCUUCUUUCCAUCUUCUGAUGCUGCCCUGUCUGUAAAAAGACUCCUUUGCUGCUAACUGCUAAUAAAAACGUGAUUCAUUAAACAUAAUGAAUUAGA